AUGGAUCGGGAAAGUAAGAAAUUGGAGGAGGCGUUGAAUAAUAAAGCACAAAUGGAAAGUCAAAUGUUGGCGCUGGAUGGCAAAGCUCAGAAACUGAGUUCAGAGAACGCUCUGAUGAAGAAAGAGAUGGACAUAAAAGACGCCCUGUUACCAACCCUCAAAGGGAUGGAAUCAAACAUGGAAAAAAACUUUGGGUCAUUAAUUCAGCUCAACCAGGAGGUUAUUGAUUCACUUAAAGGGACUAACGCACUUCUAGAAGGGAGAUGUGGAGAUUUAGAACGGGAAUUGUCCGAUGUUAAAAUGAAGUUGGAUCAAGUGGGAAAAGAAAAGGAGGGCUUGAUCCAAAAAAUAUUCAUCCUGGAACAGAAUCGCGUUGAGUUGAGGGAGUACGAUGCUGUCAAGGAUAGUCUUUCGUCUUGGCAGUCAAAGGUUUCUGAGCAGGAACGAGUAAUUGGAGCACUUCGGUCUGAAGCUCAAAUACUGAAAGAUGCUUUAACGGUGAAGGAUGAAGAAGUUGAGAAAGCUUUAAUAUGUAGGAACGAAGUUGAGGCAAAGCUUGCUGAAAGGGAACAAGUGAUUGAUGCGCUUCGGUCUGAAAUCCAGGUUUUGAAAGAUGCCUUAACAGCCAAGGAUGAAGAAGUCGAAAAAGGAUCACUGUAUAUAAAUGAAGUUACUGAACAAGAACAGACUAUUGGUUCACUCCGAGCUGAAGCUGAAGCUUUGAAAGAUGCCUUAGCAAUUAAAGACGGAGAAGUUGAGAAAGGGUUAUUGUGUAAGAAUGAAGUUGAAUCAAAGGUUUCUGAUCAGGAACAGUUGAUCGCUACACUUCAAACCGAGGUUCGGACCUUGAGAAGUGCUUUAUCAAUUAAGGAGGAGGAAAUUACAGGAGCUGCCGCAUAUAAAGAUGAGGUUGAGGAACGCUUGUCAGUUCUGGAGAAGGAAAAUGGAGAAAUAUUAGAACAAAACAAAGUUUUGGAAAAUCUGGCGAAGUCUAAAGAAGUUGAAAGUUUGUCAAGUGAGGAAGCUAAGCGUGUUUUGCUUGCUGAAUUCUCGACCUUCAAGGAUAAAGUGGCAGUUGAAAAAGAGGAGUUAUCGAAAAGGAUAGCCUAUCUUGAGGAGGAAAAUAAUCGUUUAGGCGACGUUUGCGACGAUGCAGACAAUGAGGUAACGCGGUUACGUGAAGAGGUUUUUGCUCUCAGGUGCAAGUUAGCGCGAUUAGAAGGUUCCCAGCAAGGGCUUAGUGAGAAGGAAAUUAUGAGUAAAAUAGGUUGUAUUGAAUCGAUGCCCGAGUCGUCUUCAAACGGAAAGAAAAAUGAGAAGCGCGUAGAGAAGGCGAAGGCAACUGUACAAAACCAUGUUGAUGGGUCGCUUAAAACACACAGCGCAGAAACCCAGCUUUGUCUUGUGUCCGCAGAAGCUGAAAGUUUUUUGGUUUCAAGGCCAGGUCUCACCAGUUGUAGUAGUUUCGCUAUUGAGAACCAGAUUUUGGAGAGGUGGUUCUUGAGUGGAAAUGUCCUCGCGAGCCUGGAGUUUAUGCGUAAUAUGGUCGUUGUGAGGUGUCCAAGAAAUUCCGAUUCAGAAUUUAUUUUUGUCCGUCCAUCGGUGUCAGUGGAAGUGCAUGUUGGUGUCGGGAUAGGAAAUGCGUUAUUUAAGGACGGUGGCAGAAAGGGCGGGAACGUUGACAUCUCAUCGACUUUUGAUGUCAGUUAA